AUGUCUGUCGUUUCGGGCAUAUCACCUAUUAAAGAACAUAUCAUGACUGACGAUCACGUUGACGAGAGAAAGCCAUUCAGUUACGGUCCUUCUCGUAUUGAAAGUUUGCUCGAGUCGGUGUCCGAUCCGAGAACGGAGACAGACUUCGCGAAAAUUACCACGGAAAUUAAUAACGAAAAUGCGGCUGAAAGAGGUAUACGAAUUAAUAAUGUUCAGCGCAAUGAAAAAUCCGUACAAAACACUGAACCGAUGGAUUGGACACCAACAAAAUCAGACGCCACCCUCCCGUCACCUAGAACACGAUCUUGCUCCGGCUCUGAAUCCCCGGCUGCCGCUUCGAGAACUGUUGCCGUCAAUCUAUUCCCUCUUACUGAUUCAAUCGUAUUUAGCCCGAAACAUUUGACAUUCGCGCCCGAACAAGAAAUUAAGGUAGGUAGGGUCAGCGGAAGUCGAAACCAAAAAGAAGCAAAGGCAGAGAAUGGUGUUUUUAUUUGCGAUGUGAUGUCGAGAGAACACGCAAUGCUUAAGGAGUCAAAUGGAAAGAUUUUAAUUAAGGAUACAAAAAGCACACAUGGUACUUUUGUUAACGAUGUACGCCUAGGAGACGGUUCUAAAGAUAGCGAAUGGAAAGAGUUGAAACAUGGAGAUGUAAUUACCUUUGGACACAGUGUUCGGCGCAACCAAAGCUUAUAUAAGCAUUUGUCCGCUUACGUGUUCUACCCAAAAGAAAAGAAAGAGGUUCCACCAAUACCAAUUUCUUCUAAUAACAUACAAAACUAUGAAUUACCGAGUGAAUCGACAAACAGUGCAAACCACAAAUCAGAAAGAUCAGAGGAAAAAGUUCCCACCACGACGUCAGCAUGCAUAGCGAAAGAUCUUUCAACGGAGGUCCCUGCUGAUGGCUUUGUUUCUGCUGCGUCUAUGCAAAACAAAGUUGAAAAAUCUGCCGAGGUUCAAAAAGAACAUAAGUCUACCAAGAUAAGCGAAUCUCGUGCUGUUCCAUCGGGCGUUAGUUCUGGUGUCUCCGGUCAAAAAAGUUCGGCCUCAUCAAAUAUGCGUGAAACGAGACAGUCAGAAGAAGUUGAUACUUCGGCAUCAGCUGCAACCACAACUGCGGCCAUUGCGCCAAUCAAACCAAAACCUCAGAUAGUUGCAGUGAAACAGGAAAGACGGUCAGUGACAUCGGAAAGGAAUGUCGCCAAGUUUGAUAUACCCGUUGUGAAAGACGAGGUUGUUCCCACAGAUGAUUUUCACAAAUUCGCCGACGAUCAUAAACUUGUUACUCCAGCAAUCACUCCGGACGCUUGUCCUUUAGAAGAAACCACGGUAAAUCUUGUGACCAUAAAAAAUACGGCAGUCUCUAUUAAGGAAAAACCGUCGACACAAAUGUCUCGUGAAACAAAACAUUCCAAAGAAUCACAUAAGGACGAAAAAAUAAACGAAAAAAUUAAUAAUGAAAGUACGGUGAACAAUGGGGAGGGUCCCUCUAAUGUGACUGAAACAACGAACUCGACGGUUUCCGUCAUCUCCCGUAAACGUAAAUACGAGGAACUUGAUUACGAAGAAUGCCUGCAACAAGUAAACGAACUUAAUGAGAAAUUAGCAGUUUUAGAGAUGCGUGCUAACAAACGCAGAAGAUGGGAACUCAUUGCAUCCACAGUGGUUGGCAUGGUCGCUGGUGUUGUUAGUAUCGGAGUUGGCGCUUAUAUGCUAGGAAACUGA